GGUGUUGCCCGGAAAGCGCUCCGCCGAUCCCAGUUGCUACCGGGGCCGGGUGCGCGCCUCCGGCUCGGGCUGAGCGGAAGACGCGUGGAGCUGUGCGGCGACUCGCGGGGUGUGCAGAAUGGUUUUCAUUUAGUUAACAAGUAUUUGUUGAAUUCCAUGCUGCAUAAGACACAGGGAUAAGGAAGAUCUGUCAAGAAUUGUGCUCUUGGAGAGUUGACUGCUAGGAGGGAUAGCUUCACUGAAAAGUGCAUCUAUGAUGUGUGUUUUUGAAAUAGAAGUUAAACUUUGAUUUGAAUGAAAAAUGUCCCUGAAUACACAUAUAUUUCUCAAAGAAAGGGAAGAAGAGAAUUCAAAAUUUGUGGAAAUACAACAGUCACAAACUACUUCCAUAGCUGCAGAAGAUCCUCUUCAAAACUUAUGCUUAGCGUCUCAAGAAGUUCUUCAAAAAGCUCAGCAAAAUGGAAGAUCAAAAUGUCUCAAGUGUGGUGGUUCAAGAAUGUUUUACUGCUAUACCUGUUAUGUCCCAGUUGAGAAUGUACCUACUGAACAGAUACCACAUGUAAAGCUUCCAUUGAAGAUUGACAUCAUUAAGCAUCCGAAUGAAACAGAUGGCAAAAGCACUGCUGUACAUGCAAAACUCUUAGCACCUGAAUUUGUAAAUAUUUAUACAUAUCCUUGUAUUCCAGAAUAUGAAGAAAAGGACCAUGAAGUUGCACUUGUUUUUCCUGGACCUAGGUCUGUCUCAGUAAAAGAUAUUUCUUUUCAUCUGCAAAAACGGAUUGAAAAUGGUGUUAGAAGCCGAAAUGAUGACCUUGACAAGCCAUCCAUUAAACGCAAGAAAACUGAAGAACAGGAUUUGAAUGAUAACAUGUGCAAAGAGACACCACUAAAAAAAAUUGUAUUUAUAGACAGUACCUGGAACCAAACAAACAAAAUAUUCUCUGAUGAGAGACUUCAAGGAUUGCUACAAGUUGAGUUGAAAACAAGAAAAACUUGCUUUUGGCGCCAUCAGAAAGGAAAGCCAGAUACCUUCCUUUCCACAAUUGAAGCCAUUUACUACUUUCUGGUAGACUAUCAUACUGAUGUAUUAAAAGAGAAAUACAAAGGACAAUACGAUAAUCUUUUAUUUUUCUACUCUUUUAUGCACCAGUUGAUAAAGAAUGCCAAAAGCCCUGGAGACAAGGAAACAAGAAAAAUUACCCAUUAGUUUUUAAUGUCACUUAUGUCAUUUUAUUUUGCUGCAAUCAAUAAAAUUAUAAUUGUGCUUUGUUUAUUCCUAGGAAAUAUUCAUGUGUAAUAUCUGUAAGACCACUUGAAAAAGUAAGGCUUAAUUAAUUUAAUUCAUAUUUUUAAAAAUGAAGUUAUUUUUAAGGGAAUUUUCAGAGAUGGUGUGGACCAAAAUAUUCAUUACAGAAGUAAAUUUGCUCAAGUUUGGCAUAUCUCAAUUUUAUUAUAUUUUAAUAUAAUAGUUUGUUAUAUUUAUAUCUAUGUAAUUAGAUAUUUGUUUAGUGAUCUUCAUAUCCUUCCCACCUAUACUCACAGAAUCUCCUCAAGUAAUUUGCUUAAGGUUAAUGGCAAACACGGGUAGUACUGGAAUUGUAGCUUUAGUCCCUAGGGCUGUUUCUUUAAAUCCACACUGUCUGUAAUGGACAUUUGUUACUUUUUUCAUUUGCCUGGCAUAUCUUUUAGGGAGAAAUAGCUAGCAACCAUGUCCUGUCACAGGGAUGGACAUAUGACCCAGUUGGCAAGCAAAAUGCCUAGUGAUUGAUUUAGGGAUGAGCACAUGUCUCAGCAUCCUUUUCGAUAAGUGAUAGGGCUGCUGUAGGACAGGGGGUUUAUUUCUCAAAAAGCUGUAUGGUGCAGUGGUUAAAAGCACAGACCCUAGAUUAAAUUAUCUGAAUCUAAAUCUCAGCUUUCCUUUUCCACUUACCAUUUUUCAGUUUCUUCAUUUCCGAAGAGAAGAUUAUACAGUAGCUAUUUUAGAAUUAUGAUAAGGAUUAACUGAGUUAAUGUAUCUAAGGGGCUUUCAACAGCACCUGGCAUAUAGUAAGUGCUAUAAAUGCAUUUACCCUUUUCAUUAUUUUAUGGAAUUGUGAACUAGGCAUGAUGUAUAUAACCCAGGAGCUAUUGGUGACAUCUGUGCUGCAGGUGGCAAGACCUUGCCUUAGAAUGAAACCAGCAAAAGAAAGCAAGAGUGGAGAGAGAAAAAGACUGAGUCCUAAGGACAUCAUUUAAUCAUCUAAUCUAGCUGCUUAUGAAUGGAGCCCUACUGUGCUGAAUAGCUGCUGCUUCCCUUCGAAUCCACCCUUCACUCUUUCCCAUUCUGUUCUCUGCUCUGUGAGGUAGGUCUCCUUGCCCACUGGCUUUUGCUUGGGUUCGGCAAAUGGAAGCACCAGCAGGAAGCUGGAAGUUGAAAAUGAAAUUGUUUAUUUCCCUGGCUCCUUUCCUCUCAGGUCCCCAUGGAUUGGCUGUGUCCUUUACUGAAGGUCAUCCUAUCAGGCAUCCCUUCUCAUCAGUUAUUCCAGUUAAUUUCGUGCCCCCGCUCCUCCCUGUGGUUCUUUUCUCUUUUACCCCUUCUAAUGAUUCCCAGGUGUUACUAGCCCCAGGGUAGGUCAUUACACUUUGUUGGUUUCCCUAAACCGCCUACACCUUUGUAAAUAGUCGUUUUAAUGUAUUUUUUUCAAGUGUCCCAUUUGAAGUUGCCCUCUCUUUGGACACUGACUGAUAAAUUCAUCGAUGUGAAUGCUACAAAUAACAGUACAUUCCACAAAGUGUAUUCAGUGGGACACAUGUUUUUAUGAAAAAAUAAAUUAUUGGUAAAAUU